AUGGCAAAGAGGUUGUCCAAAUCCUCGACCUCAUCUCAAACAAGACGACGUUCAAUAAGAAUUCUCACUAAAAGAUACAUUCCGCAACAGCCGCUCCGCCAACCAGGACCUACAAAUUGCAACACGCUUCCACGUGAAGUUCAAAUGAUCAUAGUUGGCAAAGUCGCUAAUGAAACUCCUAGACGGCUGGUAUUGAAUCAAGAACUUACGCAAUUGUGGACCAUUUUGAGAAUCAAUAGUACAAGUCGAGCUGUUACUCUCUUGAAUUACAGGCUCCUAUUCGAAGGAAAUUGCCCAUUCAGACCCGAAAAGCAUUACAUGUUUUUCAAUCCUGACAUUGACACUCUGUGUAUAUUAGAUUGGUCAAUUCUCAGGUCUUGUUGGCGUUGGGACAUCGAUCUUGAUCUCUCAUCGAUCAAGCACGUUGAGUGUGAAACUAAGGAUUAUACAUACGUCUUGAUUUUGUUCGAUCAUUUAGAUACAAUAAAAGUUCAUUGGCCUAUCCUAUGCACCAAUUUUGGAAGAGCGUAUCCGGAGCUAGAAGUUAAAAUGAGAGAUUUGAAAGAUGAUAUUGAACAAUGGGUCGAGGAAUGGCAUCCUGAAAGACGUAAACCUGAAGUUGAAGUAGUCCUUUUUGCGGAAAGAAUCGAGUCGUAUAAACGAAAAAUUCCAGUACUCAUGAUCCCUUCAAAUUCCGAGUAUAACCUUAUAUAUUAG